AUGUUGCUCCUUUUGCGCAACACCUGCAGCCUCACUUCAAAGAUUGUGGAUAGAAUAGAUGAAAACAAAGAUGGCUAUCUCACAACGGAGGAAUUGAAAGACUGGAUUAAGCGGGUACAGAAACGCUACAUCUAUGAAAACGUGGCCAAAGUUUGGAAAGAUUAUGAUCUGAACAAGGACAAUAAAAUCUCCUGGGAGGAGUACAAGCAAGCCACAUAUGGCUAUUAUCUAGAAAAUCCAGAAGAAUUCCAAGAUGCAACUGAUCAGCACAGUUUUAAGAAAAUGCUGCCCAGAGAUGAAAGACGAUUUAAAACUGCAGAUCUGGAUGGAGACUUAGCUGCCACUCGCGAAGAAUUCACUGCCUUUCUUCACCCGGAGGAAUUUGAGCAUAUGAAAGACAUUGUUGUCUCAGAAACUUUAGAAGACAUAGACAAAAAUGCGGAUGGUUUUGUGGAUCAAGAUGAGUACAUUGCUGAUAUGUUUGCAAAUGAAGAGGGUGGACCAGAGCCUGACUGGGUGAUUACAGAGCGUGAACAGUUUUCCGAUUUUCGUGACCUCAACAAGGAUGGGAAGAUGGACAAAGAGGAGAUUCAGCAGUGGAUUCUUCCACAAGACUACGAUCAUGCACUUGCUGAAGCCAGGCACUUAGUCUAUGAAUCAGAUGUAGACAAGGAUCAAAAGCUAACAAAAGAGGAGGUUCUAGAGAACUGGAACAUGUUUGUUGGCAGUCAAGCUACUAAUUAUGGGGAGGACCUCACAAGAAACCAUGAUGAACUAUGAUGCAGCGUACAAAGCAACACGCCACAGACCUCUUGUCCCCCUUACUGAAAUCACCAUGGC